CGCUCGUCCGUGAUUACCGGAGCGCGAGGGGAGGCGCAUAUAUCCCGCAGAUCAGACGCGCAUGAGACGGCAUUCAGUGCACGAACUCUAGAGAACAAGACCAACUCUGAGCUCUGUCCUUCUGCUUUAUUCAUGGAUACUAACCUGGGAUUGUACUUUCACUGCAUGACGUCAUACUGCUUGAAGAUCCAGUGCUGAGCUCUGUAUGAAGUGCAUGUAGGCUACUCACUUCUAAACAUUUGUGAAGCAUUUCUCUUUGAGUUUUAAUCUAUAUAUACUGACCUAGGCAAUGCAAAAGGGUUUCUGUCUUUGGAUUGUUCAGGUUUGGACAGCCAUGACGACCUUUUUCAAGUUAAAUCACUUUUGAGAUUAAAUAAAGGGCGCAUUUGGACCAGUACCAGCACCUGGAGUACCAGGACAGUUUGGAUUCUCCUCUGUAGACUUGAGCUGGUGCUUCGGGUCAUCUAAAGGGAGCUCUCUUCAAGGUGGAAAAUUGACAUUGGAAGGAGAUGAGAACCUUAUUCUGCUGCUUUCUGCUCCUCACCUCGCACCUUCUGCUGGCAUCUGCUGAGGAGUUUGCAAUCCCUCAAGAUUUCAUCGACAGACUGUCGCACAGCGAAAUCAACAGCAUCAGCGACCUCCAGCGGCUACUGGAGGUAAAUUCCCCAGGUCCUGGAAAUGAGGUGAUUGAGGAGGUCAAACAGAAGCACCAUCAGAAGAGCCAUCACUCAUUCAAGGCCGCUUCCUCAGAUCUCAAGAGUCUGCAGCUGUCCCACAGACGGAAGAGGAGUGUCGUAGAGGAAGCGGUGCCCGCUAUGUGCAAGACACGGACAGUGAUCUACGAGAUCCCCCGCAGUCAAGUGGAUCCCACCGCUGCAAACUUCCUAAUAUGGCCUCCGUGUGUGGAGGUGAAACGCUGUACAGGCUGCUGCAACACCGGCAACAUGUGCUGUCACCCCUCCAAAAAACAGCACCGUACUGUCAAGGUGGCGAAGGUAGAGUUUGCAUCGCGUAAGAAAGCAAAAUUGAAGGAGGUGCUUGUCCGGUUAGAGGAUCAUUUGGAAUGCGUGUGCACGUCACAGCAUCACGUGAUCGAGCACGCGGAAGCAGACACAGGCCCACGCAAAGUUAAAAAUGGUAAAAAACGGAAACACAGAAAGCAAGCAGUGGCAGCACAGAUCAACAAGGAUAUUCAAUAAAAAGCAAACAUUUCCUAAUACUCAGCGGACCAAAAUAUCCUGCAGUGGACAUGAGGUGAAACCACAUCAAACGAGCAAUUGAAGGACAACAGUGGCUACGUAAUGCUCCAGCAGCACUGGGACUUUGACCUCCGAACUAUGACCCUACUGACCCCAUUGCUGUU